ACUGCUGGCGAAUGUGAGGGUAGGGCAUCAGUUCAGUGCAUCUCAGGAGUCCAUUGAUGCUAUGAUGGAGUAUCACGUCCCACGAGUGAGAGAAACAAGAACAGCAGUGAAACGAACAAAGAGCAUCACGUGAUCAACCUGCAAUGGCUUUGGAUAAAUUAUUCCUGGAUGUGAUUUUGACAAUGACAGUUUUAAUCUACAAUUCUCAUGCACGAAGUGCAACUACCGAGACGGUUAAUUCACUGAAGCAAUUAACAGUAGCAGAAAUAUUAACCACUAAUCCAUUUGUCCAUAAUUUGGCAACAGUGGAGACACUGACUGGUAGACUAUCGCAUAAAAGUGAACGAAACUUAAUCACAACGGAAGCUCUAAUAACAAAAUCGCUGAACCAGAGACUGAAGUUCUUAGAUAAUCAAUUAACAACAGUGGAAGCGAAGAAUAUCGAGACAACGACAACGAAGAGUGGAGAUAUUGAAACACCAAUCGAAAACUCAAGUAAUAGUGAAACAACAAUUGAUGUCGCACUUACAGUAAAGAACAAUGAGCAAACAUCAGUAAAGACAGGUGGGGUACUAUCAGUAAAGACAGAUGCACCAACAUCAGUAAAAACAGAUGGGCCAACACCAGUAAAGACUGAUACACCAACAUCAGUAAAGAACAAUGACCCAACAUCAGUAAAGACAGAUGCACCAACACCAGUAAAGAGAGGUGGGCCAACAACAGUCAAGGCAGGUGGGCUAACAUCAGUAAAGACACUAGGACCAACAUCAACAAAGACAGAUGCACCAACAUCAGUAAAGACAGAUGCACCAACAUCAACAAAGACAGAUGCACCAACAUCAUUAAAGAACAAUGAGCCCACAUCAACAAAGACAGAUACACCAACAUCAGUAAAGAUUGGUGUGCCAACAACAGUCAAGACAGGUGGGCUAACAUCAGUAAAGACACUAGGACCAACAUCAACAAAGACAGAUGCACCAACAUCAGUAAAGACAGAUGCACCAACAUCAGUAAAGACAGGUGGGCUAACAUCAGUAAAGACACUAGGACCAACAUCAAUAAAGACAGAUGCACCAACAUCAUUAAAGUACAAUGAGCCCACAUCAACAAAGACAGAUGCACCAACAUCAGUAAAGACAGGUGGGCUAACAUCAGUAAAGACACUAGGACCAACAUCAACAAAGACAGAUGCACCAACAUCAGUAAAGACAGAUGCACCAACAUCAACAAAGACAGAUGCACCAACAUCAGUAAAGACAGAUGCACCAACAUCAAUAAAGACAGAUGCACCAACAUCAUUAAAGUACAAUGAGCCCACAUCAACAAAGACAGAUGCACCAACAUCAGUAAAGACAGAUGCACCAACAUCAACAAAGACAGAUGCACCAACAUCAGUAAAGACAGAUGCACCAACAUCAAUAAAGACAGAUGCACCAACAUCAUUAAAGUACAAUGAGCCCACAUCAACAAAGACAGAUGCACCAACAUCAGUAAAGACAGGUGGGCUAACAUCAGUAAAGACACUAGGACCAACAGCAACAAAGACAGAUGCACCAACAUCAGUAAAGACAGGCGGGCUGACAUCCGUAAAGACACUAGGACCAACAUCAACAAAGACAGAUGCACCAACAUCAGUAAAGACAGAUGCACCAACAUCAGUAAAGACAGGUGGGCUAACAUCAGUAAAGACACUAGGACCAACAUCAAUAAAGACAGAUGCACCAACAUCAUUAAAGUACAAUGAGCCCACAUCAACAAAGACAGAUGCACCAACAUCAGUAAAGACAGGUGGGAUAACAUCAGUAAAGACACCAGGACCAACAUCAAUAAAGACAGAUGCACCAACAUCAUUAAAGUACAAUGAGCCCACAUCAAUAAAGACAGAUGCACUAACAUCAGUAAAGACAGGUGGGCAAACAUCAGUAAAGACAGAUGCACCAACAUCAGUAAAGACAGUAGGACCAACAUCAACAAAGAGAGAUGGGUCAAUUUCAGUAAGUCAUGAGAUUUCUGGAUCAGCUUCAUUAAAUUUGCUGAAAGAUAAAACAACAACGAGAAAUGACAUGAAUGUGACAUCACAAGCAGUAAACAUAGGAAAUAGCAAAAGCUCAACGAAACAGGUAGAAAUGGAAUCCACAACUAAUUUAUUUCAGAAGGAAACAACAGAUCUUCUCGUAACUGAUACGACUGAAGCAAUCUUUUCGAUUGAUGAAACAAAGGAAUCAUAUUUAUCGGUAUACACAACGACAGACAAUAAGCAAGACCGCACGACAUCGACUCAUUUCAAUAGACAAACACCUCUGAAGCUAAUAACUGCAGAAAAACGAGAAGCAAAGGCUAGCACUGAAGGACCUGUGACUGUUCCACAUGGGCUAUCAUCAAUGACUCAUGAGACGAUCUUGGCACUGAAUAGUGAGGCUUCCCACGUGCCGUCUACCACACAACCAACGGCUGCCAUUUCUUCCUCACACGCGGUCUUCUUCUCCUCCAGCUCAGCAAGUGAGAAACGUGUACCUUCAAUAACAACACAGUCAGGAUAUCUUCAGUCUUCUAAAGCUACACAAAGCACAGUUGGGCUGACAUCAUCGGCCUUAUCCGCCAGCAUGUCUACAAGUACAGGUAAAAUUAAUGACAAGACGAUAAAAGCAAACUACUCAGAGAAUGAUAAUACAACGAUAACAACUUUUAGUACUAGACCAACGGGACCCAGUUCAACAAAGCGUGUUGUCAGCAUCACAGAAUGCGAACAAGAUAUAGCUUCGAUCGACAACAAUAGAGUGUACACAUUCCUUUGUACUGGUCUUCAAACUGGAAAUACAGUGAGGUGGUACGAGGUCCACAAUGAUUUGUCAAAUGUGGUGGCGACAUGCUUGACUGCACCCGAUCCUUGCCUGAACCCUGACCCCUGCUUUAAUGCGACGAGAAAUGGCACAGUCAGCGAGCUCAGGGUUGCGACUACCUUCUGGGAGAACACAGACGGGAAAAUGGAAUGCCGGGAAACCAUCAACAGUGUAGAAACUCAAGCGAACCUAACUGUGACUUUAAUUCCACCAAAAGAUACGUCUGGUCACCAUGGUGGCAGUAAAACUACUGGCUGGUCACCAAAUGGAACAACGUUUACGUCACGUGUGAUUACAACCACGGCUUAUGUCAGUCAUCAUACACAAGAUAUGACUACUGUGUCAUCAACGAGCCUGUCAGACCAGCACAACGGCGAAGAAACAACAUUCACAUCGAAAAAUUCAAGAGCAGAUGUGUCAAGUGUUACUACCCCAGUCAUGGGUGAGACUAGUGAGCGUACACAGUCAAUAUCUUUGAGCCACACUCCUUCGGCAGAUCGUCAGACGACUGUUGAGACAACUAGGAAAGAAAUAACACAGGAUCUUUACACAACAUCGAUUGUGCCAGGGGAAAGAACAACAAUGAAAUACAGAGAGACAACUCCAUCGUCGACAGUUUCCGUUAUGAAUAGAAAUACCACAACAUCAAAUACAUUAGGCUUGGAAGCAACUUCCUCAACAACGAGGAACAGUGAAACAACAGAAAAUGAUCAACGGAGUGUUGAGACAACAGAAAUCAAAACAGAGAAUGGAAAAUCUACGACAUAUGCGACAAACAACAGCAAAACAACAUGGAAAAGCGAAACAACAGAAAUGAGUAGGCCAAACGAUGAAAAGACAGAUAUGUAUACAGAGUAUGGAAAGUUAACAACAUAUACGACAAGCAACAGCAAAACAACAGACAGUGAAUGGAAAAGUGAAUCAACAGAAAUGAGAAUGCCAAGCGAUGAAACAACAAAUACGAAUAGAUGGAGUGAGGAUGUGACAACAGAGCACACUGCGACGUGGGAUAAUGAAAAAGCAAACAGCGAAAUAACAUCUUCAUUGCAUCGCCAAAGUUCAAACACAAGUCCACAGACCUCAAUAUUUGUAAUGUCAUCGUCUGUCGAAACAAACAGUGAGAUGACAUCAGCACCACCGACUGGAGUUAUAACAGAAACAAAAAGUUUGACAUCAGAAUAUGUGAAAACAACAGAAACUUCUGUAACAAAUAAUUUAACAACUGCUGCGGAUGUACCAAGAGGCCAAAGAACGCCCACAUCUCUAUUCCAAGGCGAAACAACAUUUUCUGAUCACUUUAACAGGGAAUCAACAGAACAUAACGCAGGCAAGGGAGGAACAACAAACACGAUGUCAGAAAAUGUUGACACAACAACAAUAGAAUCAAUGUUUGACAACACAACAAACAACAUGACUAGUGUCAACGAAGGAAUUGAAUCCACAGCACAAACAUCCUUUACCAAAGAAGUCUCGGAACACGGACUUACUGCAAGCAAAACUGUUUCACCAUCAGCAAGUAUUGGUGACAAGAGCACGGAGUAUUUUUCAACUUUAGAAACAAGUUCAUCAAGAAAUGUUUCUUAUGAAAACGUCCUCACCACAGAGAGAUACACAUUAUCAACAGAAAAUGUGUCUAGUACCGAGCUCUUCUCUCCCCCACCAGCAUGGCAUCAGCUCAGAAAAAGGACGAUCAGUCAUCUGGAGAUGUCCUGGUAGCUGCAGUGGCAGGCACUUUUUCAGUUCUGGCUGCUGUUUGUCUCGCCGCUGCCAUUUUCUUUGCUUGCUACAAAAGCCAGAAACUGACAAACAGAAUUAUUCCAGAGAUCACUAAACGCAGAGAUGGGAAAGGUGGAGUAGAGAAUGGCCUCAUGCAGGAGAUGAUCAACAUUGCAUCGAGACAAGGACGAGGACUCAACGAACCAAACACGAAAAACACUACAGACUUCACUGUCUUCAUGGCUGAGACAAGCUUAUCAAGAGAGACACGAAAACCAGCUUCCACAUCAGUAUCUACAGGAAAAGGUUUUAAUGACAAGAUAUCUGCCUACAGUUUCGUUGAUGAGCGAGCGCCUCACUCAAGAAAUAAUGAACACAGAAACAUUAAGUGGAAAGAGGCUGUAAAAAAUGUAGUAGAUGAGAGCAGUGGUAAGGGUAGACCAGCCCCAAAACUUACUUUGAAAGAGUUGGCUGAAUUACAUAGAGAAAAACGUCUGGUUAAUUCAACACCUAAAGUUGGUGAGAACUGUUAAAGAUGGUGAUGAAACUACGGGUGUUGGAGGUACCCACCAGCAAGGGCAUGAGGUGGAGGUAUAUGCAGUCGUAAACAAGAAAAAAGAUGAUGCAGCACUGUUGAAAGAAAAAGAGAACAGAAGUGCUUCUUCAUAUACAGAUAUUAGCUCUGAGAUGACAGAUGCCAAUAGAGCGAAGAACUUGAGGGACAUCUAUGCAAUCGUAGACAGGUCGAAGAAACGAGAUUCUUUAGAGACAAGAAAAAAUGAGUCUGAUGAGGAGAGCCAAGCUUUAUCAAACCCCAAUCUAGACGAAGCAACAAACAGUCAUCUUCCAGCUAGCAUUGGAGGAUAAAGAUAUAAAGAAAGCCAGCUGGAUGUCAACACUAAGAUAAACAAGCCAAAAACGAAACAAAUGUUGAAAAUGAAGGCCAUUUCUUCAGAAGAUACACCGGAAGAUUCAAUUCCAAACCCUGACCCAGGAGUGUGUGAGAGUGACCCUGUUCAGGAAACACAUUUAAAGGAAGUCAUUGACACUAGUCUGUCGUCAGCUGAGGACAUCUUUGGGAACUCCAUAGAACCUGUUCCCAAACCAAGGCUUAAAAGGCUUCGAGCUAAUGUCAUCGAAGCUCGACUGGAACAGGAACAGCUUCCAUCGAGACGACUGUCAGUGAAAGAUUUUCCUGGUGACACGGGGAACCUUUAAAAACAUGUUAAAAGCAAGAUUGACUUAAUGCUUCAAAAUUAAUUUAAAACUCUUGGUUUUCACACGGCAGUGCACAGACGGCUGUUGAAAAUCAUUUAAUGUAUUUUCUUACAAUUUCAACUCUCAUACUACUCCUGAUAUUGCGUUGAGACCACGACGAUCAUCAUCGUGUCUUUAAAAGAGAACAUUGCGAGUUGCUGUCUUCAGUCAUUUAAGAUAUAGUUAUGCCUCUUUUCCCUCUUUCUCUCUCUCUCUGCCAAAACAGUGAACAAUACCUUGUUCACCAGGUAAGAUAAAAAGGUUAAAUCUCUUUAGUGCACUAGUACCUUAACCACCACCAGAGCAGCAACUACGUUUCGCUUUUAUCUUGUACAUCCUAAGGUGCUUUUAAUUCUCUUUCUCCCAUCUAAAAUUAUGUACUCGUUAAUAAAUUCUCAAAAUCAAAUUAAUGCGAUAAAAAUUAGAACCACAAUUCAUUUCUCACAUGGGUAUUAAAUUUUUCGAGACCUCGUAACGAUUGAAUAAAAGUUUUCUAUUUCUUUUUAACGUAUUUUUUACUUUUUACAACUCAUUUUCUGUACAAUUUAUAAAAUUUCUAUUGAUAACAUUUAUUUUGUUUUGACCUUGUAUUGUUGUAAGCAGUUCAAGCCAUACCAAUAUUAUAAAAAGUGACAUUUAUUUGUAAAAACAAUUUUUGAAACUCAUGCUCUCAUUUAUAAUUAUAUAUUUGCACUCUUCAGACUAAAAUUGUAUAGAAUUGAAAUCAUGUAUAUGCAACAGUUCAUUUAUGGUGUGAUUUCUGCAUUAUAUAUGUAGAACCUAACAUUCCCUGCAUGUAUAUAUGUAUAUAAAUAUAAUAUAAUUAUAGACGUGUACAGAGAAUUUGCAACUAGUACUGAUGGUGAGUGUGCGAGACUGCGUAUGUAUGUUAAAGAAAUAUAUCUUCUUUUUUA